UGACGUAUUGUUUAUAUAAUCCCAAGCCGCACUUUUCUUCUGCAGUUUCGAUCUGUUUACACAGCAAAUCAAAACACUUCGAAUCAGUUAAUACAACGUCAUGUAUACUAAAAUGAUAGUGCCGAUUUUCGCAGUAAUCUUGGCCGUGGCGAGCGCCGGGAUGGUCGGAGCCCCAAUGGAUAUCGACAUGACUGAUCAAGGCGCUCAGGAAGCGUUAAAUUAUGCUGUGGUACAGUACAACAGGGCGAGCAACGAUGCGUUUGUGCGACAGGUUUCCCACGUCGUAAAUGUCCAAAGACAACUUGUCGCUGGCAUGAAAUACAGCUUCAUUGUGAAGUUGGCUAGAACCAGCUGCAGAAAGGGUGGAGUCGAGACCGAAUGCGUCGCUGUCGCUGAUGCAAGCCAAGAUGUGCCUGAUUGCAAAAUCGUGGUCUGGACCCAGUCAUGGAGAAACUCAAUCAAGGUCAUGGAAAACACCUGCCCUUAGACCACAUACUAGUGCAGCCUGGAGGAUUUUAGUAGUUGUCCAGCAAUAAAUCUGACAUGGAUUUUAGUAAACCGUUUUUAUUAUUCUUUUUCCCCAUUAAUAAUCUUUAUCAAAAACAGAUCAUGCAGUCAGAAUGCUCCUUACUAACAUUCCCCCAUCAACCAUGGCAUCUUUUUAAACUUUAUUGCUUAGAAUUUUUUUCUAAAUAAUAAAAGGCAUGUUUCUGUAUUUGUUUUUUCUUUACAAUUAAAACAUGGUUGAUUCA